AUUGAAAACAUCGAGCUCCCUUUCAGUUAUCACCCCGCCCACACGGUCAACAGAAAAAGCAUGCGAAGCUUAUUGCUAGUAGGUGGAGGGGGAGUUCCUCGUUUUCCGAGUUCACUCAGCUUCUCUUUCUACAAAUCUAACAAACUUUUGCUGUCUGCCCGAGCCACUGCGACGAUGGCCACUGUUGAGGAGUUCGUGAAGGGCAAUGUUCAUCCCAACGGGGUCGCCGUCAUCACCCUUAAUCGCCCCAAAGCUCUCAACGCCAUGAACCUAGAUAUGGACAUAAGGUAUAAAAGUUAUCUGGACGCGUGGGAAUCGGAUCCAAAUGUCAAAUGUGUUUUAAUUGAUAGUAGCUCAUCUCGUGCCUUUUCUGCAGGUGGUGAUGUGAAGCAGAUAACAAUAAAAAACCAGCUAUCAGAUAUGAUUGAGAUUUUCUCUGCUGAGUAUUCUUUGAUAUGCAAAAUUUCUCAGUACAAGAAGCCAUAUAUAAGUCUCAUGGAUGGAAUAACAAUGGGUUUUGGAAUUGGACUAUCUGGUCAUGGCCGCUAUCGUGUUGUAACUGAGAGGACUGUUCUUGCAAUGCCAGAAAAUGGAAUUGGUUUGUUCCCAGACGUAGGCUUUUCAUAUAUAGCAGCACAAAGUCCAGGAGGAGGAUCUGUUGGUUCUUAUCUUGGAUUGACGGGAAAAAGGAUUUCUACUCCUUCAGACGCAAUAUAUGUUGGCCUGGGAACCCAUUAUGUACCAUCUGAAAAAUUAGGUCCACUGAAGGAGGCCCUUUUGGCAACAACCUUUUCACAUGAUCCGCAUCAGGACAUCAAAGUUCUUCUGGCAAAAUAUGAGUCCACUCCUGAGAACGAGGCGCAGUUGAAAUCACUUUUACCUCAGAUUCUUUCAUCUUUUGGAGUAAAUAAAUCGGUUGUAGAGACAAUUGAAGAGCUAAAAAAGCACCAAUCUAGUACUGAUCCUACCGUUGUGAAGUGGGCUAAUGAAGCCCUCGAAGAUCUUGGAAAAGGGGCUCCUUUUUCACUUUGCUUGACACAAAACUACUUCUCUAGAGUUGCCUCUGCUCAGGGAAAAAAUGACAACGAAUUAUCCACGCUGUGUGGUGUAAUGAAAACUGAAUAUCGCAUUGCCUUAAGGUCUUCCCUCCGACAUGACUUUGCAGAAGGUGUCAGAGCUUUACUGGUGGACAAGGAUCAGAACCCUAGGUGGAAACCGUCAAGCUUGGAAGAAGUUGAUCAGCGUGAUGUGGAAUCCGUCUUUGAACCACUAGGACCAGAGACUGGGGAGCUCAAUGUGGCUUAGAAGGAAACUUUACUCAUCAAACACGAGAUUUUAGAUAAAGGAAAAAUAAAA